GGUAAAAUGGCUGACAAAUAUUUUUAAGUAGACUCUGCCAUCAGCACAACAGUCUGAGUCUGCCUAGAGUGUUCCACCAAGAACAAAAGUUGCUGAGGAAGACUGAAGUGUCUCUGACAGAGCAGUGAAGAACAAUGAGUUCUACCCAAGAACCUGAAAACAUUAGACUCUUAUUUCAGCACCAGUAUGGAUUUGUAAUCUCAAAGGUUAUGUUUACUGCCUGUGAGUUGGGAAUAUUUGAUCUGUUGACGGAGUCAGGAGAACUCUUGGCCUCAAAGGUGAUUGCUGAACGUCUGGGCAGCAGCUCAGAUGGAAUGGAGAGGAUGCUGGACACCUGCGUUAGUUUGAGACUCCUGAGAAUGGAGAGGAAGAACAAUGAAGCUCUUUAUGGAAACACAGAUCUUUCAAGUCUCUAUCUUGCGAAAUCUAGUCCAAAGUCUCAGUAUCCUAUGAUGAAGUGGUUAUCUGAAGUAAUCUUUCCAAGUAUGGGCUACUUGGGAGAUGCUGUGAGGGAAGGGAAAAACCAGGCUGACAAAAUAUAUGAUCAUUCAUCAAACAAUUUUUUUGAGGCUCUUUACAGGUCAGAAGAAAAAAAGAAACUCUUCUUGAGCACUAUGAAUACUGCUUGGAGUCUGUUUGGUAAAGAGGUGCUGUCUGCAUUUGAUCUUUCUCCUUUCCCACUCAUUUAUGAUCUGGGAGGAGGUGGUGGUGCCUUGGCUAAGGAAUGUGCUUCAUUGUACCCAAAUUCUACUGUUGCAGUUUUAGACCUACCUAACGUAGUGGAAGCAGCAAGAAAGCUCUUUGUAUCCUCUGAGGAACCUCGUAUUACUUUCCAUGAAGGGGAUUUUUUAAAGGGUCCGAUUCCAGAAGCUGACCUGUAUAUUUUAGCAAGGACCGUCCAUCACUGGGAUGAUGAGAUGUGUGUGAAGCUACUAUCCAAAGUACACAAGGCCUGCAAACCUGGUGGUGGAGUGUUAGUAGUUGAAAUAGUUCUGAGUGAAGACAGAAGUCGGCCAUUAGAUGCCAACCUACACAACUUGCUUAUGCUGCUUCAUACCGAAGGAAAAGAACGAACCCUCUCAGAAUACAGCACUCUUCUUCGUGCAGCUGGCUUCAAAGAGAUUCAAAUGAAGAAAAGAAGCUUCUAUGAUGCCGUUUUGGGAAGAAAGUAAUGUUGCCUCCCCUUUUUUCAAGGCACAGUGAAAACUAGAGGAAUAAAACUCUGGCUUAUGGUCUCACCCUCUGUUCAGCUCAUUGUCCUAGAGACCAGCUUAUUUUAAAACUUUUUCUCAUUUCACAAGCUGCAAGAUCCUUUCCAUUAGUGUUCUGUGUAUUUAGAUAUUCCUUUAUUGCCUGAUUCCAGAUUGAGUAGAAGCCUUCUGAUUUAGUCUGUUCUUUAGAGACAAACUGAUUUAACAGUAGCUCCUCUAAAUGACAAUUUAAGUAAAGAAAAAAAUAGCAGAACUCUGUGAAAUGCUGUUCUGAAUUCAAAGCAUGUUAUUGACUCCUCUGAAAUCAUUGAAAGAGAAACGCACCAUCUGGAAGCAGGAAAGUCUGUUCCAGGAAGUGUGGAUAUUGAAUAUGCUGUUGGCACCUUGAUUACUUGCAGGAAUGUAGCUUAUUUGGGCAACUGCAGAGUAUACCUGUACCCCUUUGACUACUGAGGAGGAACACUUUUAGUGCCAUGUAUGUUGAUUCAGCACUUGCAAGACUUAGGGGAGUGUGCUAAAGUGAAGGAAGCCCAAGGCCUGUUUAACCCAAACAUUCAGCUCUCACAUUGAGCCAAAGAUGUUAUUUUAUUGAAGCAAGGGUUGUUACACCUUUUGGAGUGGGAUGGGGAAGAAGGUGCCCUUUAAAGGCUUCAAUUUAUUUCUUAAUAAUGGCUCAUUAGGGUGGACCGCAUGAAGCAAUGGGAUGGAGGGUGUGGACUGGAAAUUUUGCAACUCUUUGACUCCAGUAAGUCUGGCUUGAUAUCACACAAGUUUCUCCUCUAUUAAAAAAAAAAAAGUUUCAAGGCCAGAAACUAGAUAAGGUGAGACCAGAAGAAUGCAGAUAAGAAGUAUUUGCUUUUUCCUAUGGAAUGCUGCAAUUUGUUUAUCUAAGGGGAAAUAAUGGGGUUUGUUCCAAUUAGUCAAGUUCUGGCCUCCAAUAAGCCUCUGGUGUCAGGAAGGCGGGAGGUCACCUCAAAAAGGAAUUAUUUUAUUAGAAUACCAAUUGUUUGUUAUGCUUUGUUUCUGAAGAAAGUGUAGUCACCUAACCCCUCCAACAAAAAAGAUAGCUUGUACUCCAGUUAACACAGCUCCUGUUCAGUCCUGCUCUUUUGUCUGAAGAAUUAUCAGUUGUGCCACAACAUCUCCCAACCCUUGUUAAUAUCAUGUCUUGCCCUUUCUGUUGGGGGAACCUUUUUCUUUUCUUUUUUGCUUUUAACUCCUACUCCUGAAUUCUGUAUAACUCCAAUGCUUGCACUUCUGGGCAUUAGGAUAUUGGUAUAAUGAACUGCAUCAUUUUGGUUGCUUUGUGUGCUUUAUAUUGUGGCUGUCUAAACAUUGACCCUCAACAAUUGUGGACAAAGUUGACCCAUUCCCAUAAACAUUUUGUCUUGCUUUGUAAACUUUUAAGCAUCUUGUCUGAAGAAAAAAAAUAUGUAACUCAAAAGCUGGCACAGCAUGUUGUGAAUCUUGUUUGAUCCUAAUAAAACAAUUGUUUUAGCCUA